CCUUGGUCUGUGUGGGCCUCUGCUGCCCUGCCAGAGGCUCUGUGGGGGCAAAAUGGCGUCUUUUCUGUUUCUACUUCACAGAUGGUGUAAAAGAGGUCAAAGGAGGCAGAGAAGAGAAAGAAGAAUAGGGAGGAAAGAGUGUGAGGAAGGCAGGGAUUCUCAUUGCCCCAGAGCAGAGCUGCAUUCGGCCAUACCCAUCGCCCUGCUAGACUCAGUGCCUGGAAAGUAGCACCAUUGAUUGAGGGCAACUUUGUCCCCUGUCCUCUACCACGUGCUUUGUACAUGCUAUCUCCCGUGAGGUGGGUGUUUUCAAACGAAGACAAAAGUCAAGUAACGUGCCUGAGAUCACAUGAGUGGUAAGCAGCCCAGCUGAGUCUUGAACCAGGUCUCACAUUUCCAAUGCUGAGAGCUCCUUGGCCUUGACCAUCUAUGUCCUCCCAGCCUCUGAGACAGUGGGGUGUACACAGUAGGUCCUCAGUCAAUGCCAGUUAACGUGAAGGAAGGAAGGAAGGGAGGGGGGUAGAGGGAAAGGGGAAGAUAAGCCAGGGAGACUCUUUGGCAGCUAGAAAAUAAAUCAUAAGUGCUGUUUUCCAGUGCCAGGCUGGCACCGUGCCCAGGAUAGCUGCCCUACACUCAGGAGCUCAAGGCCUAUGCUUGCCUCAUCUUUUCCAGAAGUAUGUGAGCCCAGAUACGUCAGCCUUCAGGUAUGCAGUGAGGUCUGCGGUGAGGCGAUCUCUCUUCUCUCCUUCCUCCUUGAAUGGCCUUCCUUUUGCCAACUCCCCACCCCCAACCCACCCAGCCAGCCCAGCCUUUGCCCCCUCCCCAGAGCUAGGCCUGCUUUCUUGGGGGCAGGGGGCUAUGGACCAGCCCCCUAAGCAGUGCAGAUCCCUGUGGGGAGGGAGACCUACAUGCUGCUGGGGGAGGGGCGGGAGCACCACAUCAUCCAACAGGUUGGUCAGGCUGGGAGGCGUCCCGCCCUCCUGCAGCUAAUGAGCACUGUGCGACAGGUGUCUGCUCCUCAGUCCCCAGCCUGCCCCAGCUGUGACCAGAGCAACCAGAGCCCGCCACCCGCUGCACUCCCAGGCUCACUCACUCAGCCCCCGGGCCCUCCUGCUUCCGGCCGGGGGCGCCAUGGCCUGCCGCUCCUGCGUGGUUGGCUUCAGCAGCCUCAGCAGCUGUGAGGUGACCCCGGUGGGCAGCCCCCGGCCUGGAACCUCCGGAUGGGACACCUGCGGGGACCCCGGGCUGGGCUUCAGCUCCCGCAGCCUCACAGGCUGCUUGUCGGCUGGCACCAUCUCCAAGGUGACUGUGAACCCCAGCCUGCUGGUGCCCCUGGACCUCAAGUUGGACCCCGCUGUUCAGCAGCAGAAGAACCAGGAGAAGGAGGAGAUGAAGGCCCUCAAUGACAAAUUUGCCUCCCUGAUUGGCAAGGUGCAAGCCCUGGAACAGCGCAACCAGCUGCUGGAGACACGCUGGAGCUUCCUGCAGGGCCAGGACUCAGCCAUCUUCGACCUCGGGCAUCUCUAUGAGGAAUACCAGGGCCGGCUGCAGGAGGAGCUGCGCAAAGUGAGCCAGGAGCGGGGGCAGCUGGAGGCCAACCUGCUGCAGGUGCUGGAGAAGGUCGAGGAGUUUCGAAUCAGGUAUGAGGAUGAGAUCUCCAAGCGCACAGACAUGGAGUUCACCUUUGUCCAGCUGAAGAAGGACCUGGAUGCAGAGUGUCUUCGUCGGACUGAACUGGAAACCAAGUUAAAAAGCCUGCAGAGCUUCGUGGAGCUGAUGAAAACCAUCUAUGAGCAGGAGCUGAAGGAUCUGGCAGCACAGGUGAAGGAUGUGUCGGUGACCGUUGGCAUGGACAGCCGCUGCCACAUCGACCUGAGCGGCAUCGUGGAGGAGGUGAAGGCCCAGUAUGACGCCGUCGCAGCUCGCAGCCUGGAGGAGGCCGAGGCAUACUCUCGGAGCCAGCUGGAGGAGCAGGUCGCCCGCUCGGCCGAGUAUGGGAGCAGCCUCCAGAGCAGCCGCAGCGAGAUCGCGGACCUCAAUGUACGCAUCCAGAAGCUGCGGUCCCAGAUCCUCUCUGUCAAGAGCCAUUGCCUGAAACUGGAGGAGAACAUCAAGGCAGCUGAGGAGCAGGGUGAGCUGGCCUUCCAGGACGCCAAGACCAAGCUGGCCCAGCUGGAGGCCGCCCUGCAGCAGGCCAAGCAGGACAUGGCGCGGCAGCUGCGCAAGUACCAGGAGCUGAUGAAUGUCAAGCUGGCCCUGGACAUUGAGAUCGCCACCUACAGGAAGCUGGUGGAGGGCGAGGAGGGCAGGAUGGACUUGCCCUCAGCCACUGUGGUCAGCGCUGUGCAGUCCAGGUGCAAAACCGCCCCUUCCCUCCCCUACCCCUUAUGUUCCCUGUAGCUGCCUCCAGGUCAGGCCUCUCCAAGGCCCCCUCCCGAAAGAAGAAGGGCAGCAAAGGCCCCGUGAUCCAAAUCACCGAAAUGUCAGAGAAGUACUUCUCACAGGAGUCGGAGGUCUCAGAGUGAGGCGACGGGACCCCAGGACCCCCAGGGCACUCCACUGCAGCAGAAGGAACUUAAGCUAGACUCAAGAAAGCAGCUUGGAGCCUCUAGGUUGGGAGGAGAGGCAAAAUCUGAUACUGAACUGAGAGGGGGGGUUCAAAACUGACUGCUGUUUUGUGGGCUGCCAGGGUGGGAGAGGAGCAUCAGCAGCUGCUCAGAGCCACUCCGCUCCGUAUCAGUAUCUCACAGUCCCGUCCUUCCAACCUUCUGGCCAGAGGUUUUCCUGAUGGGUGAGCUGGAAUUAGGGGUCAGUUUUGUCUCCACCUCCUUGUUCCUCCGAGGCCCCUCCUCCAGCACUGGGCUCUGCCAAGGCCCUUCUGAGUCUUGCCCAGUCCUUGACUUUGACUCCUAUCUCAAGCCUUGCCUUGCUUCUGCCUUGGAACUGAGACUGGGACCGGCUCAUCCACCUAUGGGCGGGAGCCGAGGAGGACGGUGUGGGCCCUGUCCUGUAUCUGGAGUUCCUGGGAAGCCUGGCUGCUGAAGACCCUCUUGGCUUUCCCAUGCUCCUUGGGCUCCCCAGAGACCCGACAGUAUUAUGGAGUGAAGGGAGGAGGGGCCCUGGGUGUUGGGGACCUAAGCCUAGGCCCCAGAGAUCAGCCCGAACACCUGCACCCCUCCCUCCUCCUAUGGGUCCCUCCCAGUAGGCCACAGUCAGAACUGGACAGGCUGCCCCCAACCAGCUCCUAGCACCUUCUCCGGAAGCUAUUCUUGCCAUAAUCAGCUCCCUGGGAGUGGAAGCCAGAUGGCAGCUUGAGAUUAGGCAGGAGCAUUAGAUCUUCCUUUCACCUCCCUGCCAUACUGGCGUCCUACCAGUCCGGGAUCUGAGCUCUCUGCCCCCAGCCCAGGUUGUUCCCAGCCUAAACACCUGGUUUUGGUGCACCUAGCCCUGAAGACCCCUGGUCCCACCCCUGCCAUGAAGCCCCAGGUCUACUUCCCAGGAAUCUCACUUCUCAGGGCCUCUGUUCUCCUCUCCAUUGGGCCAAAUAGCCUUGCCCUCCCCUCCUCGGCAUUCAUGGAGGAGCCCAGGAACUCCCCACACCUAUGGAGUUAGAGCUCCUCCUUUCUUCUCACCCUGUCCCCCUCCUCCCUCCAUGCCCAUUCCCCCUGCCUCUGGCCGGCCAGCAAGAAGGCACAGUCCAGGCAAGUCUGGGAGCUUCCAAGCCCUUGAGGUCCAGCUGUGGGGCCUGAAUGACAGCCUUACAAGGGCUCUACCAGAGAGGAAAAUUCCACACUCCACCAGAAAACGGGGGUGCUGGCAGGCAUACUCCUGUCUCCCCCUCUUGGCUCUCAAUGCUGAGGCUUGCAGAGGCAUCCCAGUGGCACCAGCCUCCCACUGCACAGCUUCCUUCCCUCCUUCUCUCUCAUCUCCCCUCCCUGCCCCUCGCCUCACCUCCUCUUCUAAACUGCAUUAGAUUCAUUCAUCUCAUUUUCCAGGACAUGCUGGCCAGAGGUCGGGGCCCCCAGGCCUCAAGGCCCUCCAGGCCUGUGGGGAGCACUGGCGGGUUACUGACUCUCCGGCCAUGGGAACUCAGAUAUUCUCAUCCCCGAAGUCCCAAAAGAGGGUGCUGAUUGGUGCUUUCCCUCAGGCUCUUCAUUGGUUUCCAAGGGAGCAAAUCCUCAGUGGGGAUACAAGAUAUAUAAAGUAUAUAUUAUUUUUUCAUAACUUAUGUGGCUUUUAACUUAUUGCUUCCCUUCCUGUUUCUGCAUGAUCAGUCUGUAUGUACUAUCUGGAUAGAUAGCACACGCUCCAGCCACCUCACCUGAUUGGCUAUCUUGGGGCCAUGUCCCCUUCUCGCUGCCACAGGAUGAAUAAAGUGUUGAGAUUUGUCUAUGGAGAAAGCUGUAUGUCUGUUUUUUAUCUCCCCUCUCAGGACCGGUCAGCCACUGGUCAAUCAGGCUGACCAUGGAACACUAGGAAUUCUCCAAUUAAGGGAGAAAAAGUCCAGGGACCUAGUUAUAUCUUCAGACCAGUGCAGCUUGGACACACAAAGGUCUCGUGUCUCACCAUCUGGUAUGGUUUGGAUGCUCGUCCCCUCCAAGUCUCAUGUUGAAAUGUAAUUCCCAGUGUUGGAAGUGGGGCCUGGUGGGAAGUACUUGGAUCAUGAGAGAGGAUCCUUCAUGAAUGGCUCAGCACCAUCCGCUUGGUGAUGAGUGAGUUCUCACUCAAUCCACGUAGAUGUGGUUGUUUAAAAGAGUCUGAGACCUCUCCCCUCUUUCUCGCCAUGUGAUAUGCCUGCUGCCCCUUCACCUUCCGCCUUUACUGUAAGCUUCCGGAGGCCCUCACCAGAAGCGGAGCAAAUGUUGGUGCCAUGCCAGUACAGCCUGCAGAACUGUGAGCCAAAAUAAAUGUCUUUUCUUUAUAAAUUA